AUGGCCGGUCUCACCCCAGAGCAGGUGACCUUAUUCCAGGAAAACGGCUACCUCGUCCUACCAGACUAUCUCAGCCCAACCGAGAUAACAUCCCUCCUCACCGAAACAAACACCCUCCUCGACACCUUCUCCCUCGACACGCACCCCCUCACGCAAUUCACAACAGGCGACGAUGACGAAACCGCCCACGUCGGCGACGACUACUUCCUCACAUCCGGCGACAAGAUCCGCUACUUCUUCGAACCAGACGCCUUCACCACCGAACCAGACCCUCUAACCGGCCGACCCGCCCUAAUCAAACCAAAGAACCUAGCCGUCAACAAAAUCGGCCACUCCCUCCACACCCUCUCGCCGCCCUUCAAAGCAAUCUCCCUCAACAAGCGCAACGCCGACGUCGCCAAAUCGCUCGGCUUCACGGACCCGCGCGUCCUGCAGAGCAUGGUCAUUCUCAAACAGCCCUCCAUCGGCGGCGCGGUGCCCGCGCACCGGGACUCGGAAUUCUUGUACACGGAUCCGCCGUCCGCGGUGGGGUGGUGGUAUGCGCUUCAGGAUGCGCGGCCGGGCAAUGCGACGCUGGGGAUGUGGAAGGGAUCGCAUAAGGGUACGAAGGGGGGGGCCAUAUUGCGCGCCGAUUUGUGA